CCCCGCCCCUCGCUACUCAGCGCGCUCGCCGCGGCCCGGCUGGAGACGCGGCGGACCCGCACCGGCUGCGGCAGCGCGAUGACGACGCAGCGGGAGGUGGCGGCCGGUUCCCCUGACUGCCGCGGCUACCCCGACGGCCGCGGCUACCCCUUCCUUCACGCCAGCAUCCAUACGACUGCCUGUCGGGGCGCGGCGCUGGGUUUCGUCCUGGUGGUGCUCCUCCACACGGCCCGGGCCGAGAAGGAAGCUUUCAUCCAGUCGGAUGGCAUAAUAGAAAUGCUACGUUUUGAUGAAGGAGACCUAUUGCAGACUGAGACAACUAUAGGCCUCAGUUCAUAUCAACAGAAAAGUGUAUCCCUAUAUCGGGGAAAUUGCCGACCUCUCCGGUUUGAGCCACCAAUGCUGGAUUUCCACGAACAGCCAGUUGGAAUGCCAAAAAUGGAAAAAGUUUACCUACAUAACCCUAGCUCAGAAGAAACAAUUACGUUAGUAUCAAUAUCUGCUACAACCUCACAUUUUCAUGCAUCAUUUUUUCAAAAUAGGAAAAUUCUUCCAGGAGGGAAUACAUCAUUUGAUGUAGUUUUCCUUGCAAGAGUAGUGGGAAACGUAGAGAACACUUUAUUUAUUAAUACUUCUAAUCAUGGGGUAUUUACUUAUCAGGUAUUUGGCAUUGGAGUACCGAACCCCUAUCGACUGCGCCCAUUUAUUGGGGCACGAGUUCCUGUAAAUAGCAGUUUCUCUCCUAUAAUAAACAUACAUAAUCCUCACAGUGAACCUUUGCAGGUGGUAGAAAUGUAUUCCAGUGGAGGUGAUCUCCAUCUAGAGCUUCCAACAGGUCAGCAAGGAGGUACAAGGAAGCUAUGGGAAAUACCUCCCUAUGAAACAAAAGGAGUGAUGAGAGCCAGCUUUUCUUCAAGAGAAGCAGAUAAUCACACAGCCUUCAUUAGAAUAAAAACAAAUGCCUCAGACAACACAGAAUUUAUCAUUCUGCCUGUUGAAGUAGAAGUUACAACAGCACCAGGAAUCUAUUCAUCAACAGAAAUGCUAGAUUUUGGUACUCUGCGAACACAAGAUCUGCCAAAAAUUUUAAAUCUGCAUUUAUUAAAUUCAGGAACAAAAGAUGUGCCAAUUACAAGUGUUAGACCUACACCACAGAACGAAGCUAUCACAGUACAUUUCAAGCCAGUUACGUUAAAAGCCUCUGAAAGUAAAUAUACCAAAGUUGCAAGUAUUAGCUUUGAUGCAUCAAAAGCAAAAAAAGCAUCACAGUCUUCUGGGAAAAUAACUGUUAAAGCAAAAGAGAAGAGCUACUCCAAACUUGAAAUACCUUAUCAAGCAGAAGUGUUGGAUGGAUAUUUAGGAUUUGAUCAUGCUGCCACACUCUUUCACAUCCGUGACAGUGCUACUGAUUCCGUGGAAAGACUGAUCUAUCUAACAAACACGUUCAGUUUUGCAGUGCUUAUACAUGAUGUUGUGUUACCAGAAGAAGCGAAACCAAUGUUUAAAGUCCAGAACUUCAGUAAACCAGUUUUAAUUCUGCCUAAUGAAUCCAGAUAUAUUUUUACACUUCAUUUUAUGCCUUCUACAUCAUCGGUUCAUAUAGAUAAUAAUAUUUUACUUAUCACCAAUGCUUCUAAAUUUCACCUACCUGUCCGAGCAUACACAGGAUUUUUGGAUUACUUUGUCCUGCCUCCAAAAACUGAGGAACGAUUUAUAGAUUUUGGCAUAUUGAGCGCAACAGAAGCUACCAGCAUUUUAUUUGCAGUCAUCAACAGCAAUCCCAUAGAGCUGGCUAUAAAAAGUUGGCAUAUUAUAGGGGAUGGUUUGGCCAUAGAACUUCUAACAAAUGAAAAGGGAAAUAGAACAACGAUAAUUGCAAACCACUAUGAACUACAAAAUGCUACUGCAUCCGAUCAGUCUUCAGUGAUACUAGCAUCGGGUUAUUAUGCUGUGUUUCGAGUAAAACUAAUAGCAAAAGAACUUGAAGGAAUUCACGACGGAGCUGUACAAAUCACAACAGAUUAUGAGAUUUUAACUAUUCCAGUGAAAGCAGUGAUUGCUGUAGGCUCACUGACCUGCUCCCCAAAACAUGUUUUUCUUCCACCUUCUUUUCCGGGGAAAGUAGUUCACCAGAGCCUGAACAUAAUGAACUCCUUUUCUCAGAAAGUGAAAAUACAGCAUAUACGUUCCCUGUCAGAAGAUGUCAGGUUUUAUUACAAGAGGCUAAGAAGUAAUAAAGAAGAUCUAGAGCCAGGAAAAAAAUCAAAGAUAGCAAAUAUUUAUUUUGAUCCUGGUUUACAAUGUGGAGAUCAUUGUUAUAUAGGAUUGCCUUUCCUAUCUAAAUCGGAGUCUAAAGCUCAGCACAAUGUAGCAAUGCAAGAAGAUGCAUGGGAUUCUGACUGGGAUUUGCAUGAGAACUUAUUCAAAGAAUGGACAGAAAUAAAAGAGAGCUCAAACCAUAGACUGAGUGCUGUAUUUGAAGUAGACACAGAUCUUCAGAAGGAUGUCCGGUUGAAAAUUACAGCAGAAAUGGCCUGGCCUUCCAUCCUUAGUUCACCACGCCAUUUAAGCUUCCCUCUUACCAACACAAACAGCUCAUCAGAAGAAGAAAUUUUUCUAGAAAAUCCAGCUGACGUUCCUGUGUAUGUUCAGUUUCUUCCUGUAGCUCUCUAUUCAAACCCAUCCACCUUCAUGGAUAAAAUGUUAGAACGGUUUAAUUUGAGUAAGCCAGCUAAUUUCAAUCUGAGGACUCUAGAGUUCCAGGUCUUCAGAAAUUGUGUCCAGCCACUACAGAGCCCUGUAGGACUUACAAAGGGCAUGGCUCGUCAUUCAUUUUUAAGCCUAGUAUUAAAGCCUGGUGAGAGAAAGUCCGUCAAAGUAAAGUUCACUCCACUUCUCAAUAAAACCAUUUCAUCAUUAAUUGUUAUCAGAAAUAAUUUGACUGUAAUAGAUGCCAUAAUGGUACAAGGACAAGGAACGACCGAGAGCUUGAAGGUUGCAGGCAAACCUCCUGGUCCAGGAAGUUCUUUACGCUUUAAAAUCACAGAAGCAUUAUUAAAAGAUUGUUCAGAAAAAAUGAAAUACAGAGAACCAAAUUUCACACUGAGAAGAACAUUUAAAGUGGAAAAUACAGGGCAGCUCCAGAUUAAUGUGAAAACUAUGGAAAUCAGUGGCUAUACAUGUGAAGGAUAUGGAUUUAAAGUAGUUAACUGUCAUGAGUUUGCACUAAGUGCCAAUGCCUCUAAAGACAUUGUCAUAUUGUUUACACCUGAUUUCACUGCUUCCAGAGUAAUACGUGAAUUAAAAUUCAUCACUGCAGGAGGCUCUGAAUUUAUAUUUAUCUUGAACACAUCCCUUCCGUAUCACAUGUUAGCAACAUGCGCAGAAGCACUACCCAGGCCCAACUGGGAACUGGCACUGUACAUAAUCAUCUCAGGAAUAAUGAGUGUACUCUUCCUCUUGGUAAUUGGAACGGCCUAUCUAGAAGCUCAAGGAAUUUGGGAGCCAUUUAGGAGACACCUGUUGUUUGAGACCUCAAACCCUGCAUUUGAUAUGGGAAGACCACUUGAUCUCAGAAUAUCUGGAAUUUCAUCUGAUGGAAACUUGAAUGCGCUUGGAUCAGAUUCCAGUCACAGUUCAUCCAGAGGGAUCUAUGGAGCAGGCAGUUCGUCUUCACGAUCCAGUGCAGGGAAUCACAAACAAUGCAAUGCAACAACACACCUUCACAGCAAUAGAAACGCACCUGAUGUUGACAACAUCAAAUCCAAAACCAGUUCAAGCAUACCUAAUAGGACUUCAGCACAAGCAGCUUCCGUGCAGUCCAUGAACAGAACGGGCCCCUUUACCUUGGAUUCAGGUGCCACAGUUCAGACUCAUGCCGUGGGCAAGAGAGCCAAGGGGACGAGGCAGAACCAGCAACCGCCACAGCAGCAGCAGCAGGCCCCAGCUUUGGCAGAGCAGCCCCUCCAGCAGCCCCCAGCAUCUGGGCCCCAGCAGCAAGAGCAACAGACUGAAAGUACUUUGCCACAGCUACCGCUUCUCAGCCCACCUCAUGGCGAAUGUGCCAGCAGCAGAAGGCACAGCUCAGAGGAUUCAGAUCUCACCGGGCUCAUAGAAACUAUGGAAAAAGACUUUGACCACCCAGAAUCCCCUUCCCCAGAUGUGUUUACAGAACAGCCCCCAUCUCCACUAGCAAAAAACAAAGGGAAAGGGAAAACACUUCAGCGCAAGGCUAAGCUUCAGAAGAAGCGAGAAGAAAAGGACAGAAGAGGGAAAGGAAAGCAACAAGAGGAUGAACUGAAGGAUUCCUCCAGCAUGAAAGCUGCUCUUGGAAGUUCCUUGGAAUUGUCUUAUACUCCUUCACUGGAAAACAAGCCACGCAAGACCUUUCCAUCCAAGAUCUCCACACAGCACCUUUUGACGAAUGGAUCUAAAUCAAGAAACCUCCCUAAAACAAGAGGUCCAAACAGUAAAUUAAUGGAGAGCAGGCCAUCAGUAUUAGCAAAAUUUCUCCCCAGUGGUUCUGGACAGGAGCUAGGAAACACCAGCAGCUCAGAAGGGGAAAAGGAUUCUCCUCGACCAGAGUGGGACUCUGUGCCACUUCACAAAUCUGGCAGCUCUACAGACAACUUGUACAAACUGUCUUUACAAACUAUGAACGCAGAUGCUUUCCUGAAACAGCGACAGCCCUCGCCGACACCCGCCUCUCCGUCUCCUCCUCCCCCUCCUACAACGUUUGCUUUUGGACCAAGAGGAGGCACUUACAGCAGCAUCGUGAACAGCAACUGCAGCAGUGAAACGAAAGGCAAGCAGCCCAGUGGUACCAAACAUAAGCUGGCAAAGGCAGCUUCUCUUCCAGGCAGGAAUGGUAACCCCACUUUUGCUGCUGUAGCUGCAGGUUAUGACAAGAGCCCAGGUGGCAGUGGCUUACCAAAGGUUUCUCCGAGCAAGACAGAUGUUUCCAGCAAUAUCAGCGUUUCCCACACAGUUGACAGUGAUGGCUCUGACAGUUCGGGUUUGUGGAGCCCUAUCAGCAAUCCCAGCAGUCCCGACUUCACGCCUCUCAACUCAUUCUCUGCGUUUGGACAUUCUUUUAACUUAACUGGAGAGGUUUUCAGCAAACUUGGUUUAGCUCGAUCUGCUUAUGGGCAGGAUGUUCAGAGAAACUGGAGUGAGUUCAAUAAUGUUCCAUCAUCCAUCUGGGAUCCUUCAGCUAUAGAUUCUGUACCCUCCUGGCCAACAAGCUCCAGUUCCCCGACUCAUACAACUGCAUCAAUCCUGGGCAACCCAAGCGGCCUGUGGUCCACCACUCCAUUCAGCAAUUCCAUUUGGUCGAGUAACCUCAACAGUGGCCUUCCCUUCACCACUCCAGCCAACGCGCUGCCAGGCAUCGAUCUCAUGGGCAGCGAGAGCUCCUCCGCCGCCGCUCCCCAGCCGCCCGCCGCCGCCAACCCCGCCGAGGACAUGGGACAGACCUACAACCCUUGGAGAAUUUGGAGCCCCACAAUUGGAAGGAGAAGUUCAGAUCCUUGGUCGAAUUCACACUAUCCUCAUGAAAACUGAAACGAAGCGUAAAGGGAAGAACUCUUGUCCGGGUCACGACACCAUUACGAAUACAAGCUUUUGAACCAACAUUUUCAGGCUCUUGCUGGUCAUUGCUUGCCCGCCCUUCCUCCCUCCCCGCCACUCAUGCUUUUUUGUUCACCACUUGCUCCUUUUGUUUAAGGUCUGUCCUGCAAUAUGGUAGUGUGAGAUUGCAGAUAAGCUUGAAAAAGUCCUGGUAUGAUCACAAAUCUCCCAACUUACAGAUAAAGGCUCUAAAUCUGACCGAUUGUGCUGGUUUCCUAUUUUACCACCUGCCAUCUUUCUCUAGGAAACAAUCUGAACUCCGAGGUGGCCCCGGCAUGCAAUACUUUUAUGGGGAAAAAAAAGAGAAGAAUACCAGUUUGGGUUUUUAAAUUUUGUUUUCCAGUAUUAUCCUCCAAGUUCUAAUUUAAAAUCAAAAGGCACUUUGUGCUAAAAUGCAGAGUAUUUUUUUAAAAUAAGGCUGUCUUUGGUAACACAGGUUCUAAGAAUGUAAAAAAAAGGAGAAAAAAAAAGCAACAACAACAACAACAAAUCCAACGAAACCUUAAGAGCAAAAUGGCUGAAUGUAAGAGCAUUCUGAUGAGACUGUAAUACACUUUCUGUGCUGUUUGUACAUUUGUAAAACCUGAAUGCAUUUUUAAGUUGAACCGAAAUGCACACAGCCAAGACUUGUGGAAGAAACAAGGUAACGUUGUGCGUUUCUUAACGGAUACAACUUUGGGUUGUACUUUAAAAUAAAUACUGCUUUUUUCAA